AGCAAAUAAAACCCCAGCACUCACGUGGGGCCUACGCUCACGGAAAAAAGCGGUGUCCAAUUUUGUGGCGAUUGGUUUAUGGGAUGAGCAUGGGAAUCCAGUGGGGCCUACAUUCCUAUUUGGAUGGAUUUUUUUUUUUUUUUCUGUAACAGAAAAAGUCGAAAGGAAAGCAAAAUUAUUUGGAAAUUUCGUUUAGAAAUCUCUUCUUUCUUGAAACAAGGUUUCGUUGCCAUUGCUUACAAUGUUUAAUUUGUUGCCAAAAGUUGUUUGGUCCACACUGUUUGGCUGCUAAUGACGUUUUUCAGGGUUUGCUGACACGAUACAAUUUGUUUAAGUUAUCGGGGAUGGUGAGUCAACAACAACGACGCAGCAAACACUACGUGUGAAUCCAACCAAGUCGGAGGUCUCGGCCACUUCCACCUUCUUCCAAUCUUUCUCUCUCUCUCUUUUGUUUUUUUUCUGCUGUUUCUUGGGAGCCGACUCUCCCAGAAACUUUGGAUUGCUUCACUUAUCGAUUCCGCCACAGAAAAAAAAAAAGUAAAAGUAAACAUUUUUUUCUUUUUUAUUUAUCGUUUUUCCUCUUCGGAAUUUCAGAAAUUUAUAAGCCAUCCGAUCUGGUGGAGCCUAUUGAAUUCAUCAGGACUUUUAGAAAUUUAUGCUGUUGUUCAGUUGAAGCAACUUGUUAUUGGAAUUAUCUUUUUAAUUGAAGAUGAGAGCGGCUGUUCUAUCAAUUCGCAACUUAAGAUCAGCUUGUCGACAUCAAAGGAACACUUAUUCGAGUGCUUUUGUAAGAAGGCGAAGCCAUUUGAUUGAAAGCAGUUCUAGUUCUGUUUAUAGACUGCCUAACAAUGCUAAAAUCAAUAAAUUUUUAUUCCCUACAAUUUUUAUAUCAAGACCUUUCUCAACGGAUGCUGCUUCUAAAGUUAAUGUCACAGUGAACAGAGCAGGGCCGCUUGUGGAGUAUGAACGGAGAAUUGCAGCUGGUGAACUCGUUGACGGUGAUGCCUGCCAGUUAUUGCAGGUAGGCACUUUAAGAGAACUUCAAAGGCUUUAUGAUGAGAUUGUUGAGUCAGCUGAUGCCUGUCGGUUGGAUCGCUAUGCAGCUCCUGAGAAGACUGUUAGGAAUGGGUGGUUUUGGUCUCGUUUAAUGCCACAGUCUUCAUACUCCCCUGUCAACGGACUAUAUCUUUAUGGAGGAGUAGGCACUGGGAAAACUAUGUUGAUGGACCUCUUCUUUGAUCAACUGCCCUGCAAUUGGAGGAAGAAAAGGAUCCAUUUUCAUGACUUCAUGUUGAAUGUCCACAGUCGCUUGCAGAGGCACAAGGGUGUGGCAGAUCCUCUUGAAGUUGUAGCUGGAGAGAUAUCUGAUGAGGCGAUUUUACUAUGUCUAGAUGAAUUUAUGGUGACUGAUGUUGCUGAUGCAUUGAUACUAAACCGUCUUUUUAGACAUUUGUUUAGCAAUGGUGUUAUACUUGUUGCAACUUCAAAUCGUGCUCCAGACAAUCUCUAUGAAGGUGGAUUGCAGAGGGAUCUUUUUCUACCCUUCAUUGAGACUUUGAAGGAAAGAUGUGUUGUUCAUGAAAUUGGUUCAGCAGUGGACUAUCGGAAACUGACCUCGGCAGAACAAGGUUUCUACUUCAUUGGCAAAGAUUUGUCAGGCCUCCUGAAACAGAAAUUUGAGCAAUUGAUUGGUGAAAAUGUUGCUAGUCCACAAGUGGUUGAAGUAGUUAUGGGUAGGACAUUGCAGGUUCCACUUGGUGCUAAUGGAUGUGCUUAUUUCUCAUUUGAGGAACUUUGUGACAAACCUCUCGGGGCUGCAGACUACUUUGGAUUGUUCAAGAACUUUCAUACCCUAGCUUUGGAAGGUGUUCCAAAAUUUGGGCUCCACAACAGGACAGCAGCAUAUCGGUUUGUCACUUUAGUUGAUGUAAUGUAUGAGAACAGGUCCAGACUGUUGUGUACUGCUGAGGGUAGCCCACAAGAACUUUUUGAAAACGUCGUGACAGUUUCAGAUGCCCAGCAAAUGGCCCCUAGAACCUCCUCCAGGUCAAGGAGAAAUGAUGAUUCCGAUCUCUGUGUGGAUAAUGAAUUGGGAUUUGCAAAGGACCGCACCAUUAGCAGACUAACAGAAAUGAACAGCAAAGAAUACCUUGAACAGCAUGCGGAGGAGAGGAAGCUGCUUUCUCAAGAACUUGUGAAUGCAGAUGCCGUCGUACAAGCAUAAACAAAGGAUUCAUAAUCUUUUAAACCCAUGCUGUUGUAAUUCCUACAACGAUAUACUUGCAUGUAUUCAACCCAAUGUGGUUUCGGUGACAGCUUUAAUCAGAGUACCAAAUUGUUCUUAAUAAUCAUGUAGAAGAUUGUUACUAUAGAAAUACCAAAUUGUUAUUAAAUAAUCAUGUAGAAAUAUCAAUAACAAAGCCAUCCAAAGAGCCAUACAGGCAAGAAUAUCUGAAUAUUUCUUCUUCUUGUCUGCUUUCUUUGGUAACCUUUUUAAAUGAUGUCCUGAUUCUUGUGGGGAUGGAUCAGAUAUGAAAGGGACAUUUCAUGUCAUUCUUAUUAAUUUGCCCUUUAAGAACCAUUUUUUUCCUUU